UCAAUAAAUGUCGGCUCAUAACUUAGGCUUAGCAGGGGCAGCUUAUCAGAGAACUGUGAGCGCUUUAUAAGGCAGCUGUGGCUCAUCGUCUGCCAACAGUUGGAAGCUAGAAGUUCGCCGUCAUGUCAAGAAUGAUCAAAGCAGUGGAGCUAUCGCUGGUGUUGUUGCUGAUGCCAAUGCUGAUGCAGUGCAUCCCAGGAGUGGCAAUCAGUCAUAUGCAGCAGCUGCUGCAGCUGGACAGCAUAAUUACGAACAGGAUCAGCAACGCGUUGCAGCAGUUGAGAAAUCAAACUGAAAAUAAGGAGCUCGUGCAGCAAUAUGAACGCCUCGAAAUCGCAUUGGCGUUGCCCAUUUCUCAGCUAGACGAAAAGAUAAGGAUUUACAACGAGUAUCUCGCCUACGAUGCGAUUCGUGAAAAGCAACAGCUACAGCAGCCAGACAACUCAGAGGCAUCCGGCUACGAUCGGGCAGAUAUCAUAGUCGAUAUCAGCGAUAAGGAUAAGCAGCGUACCGCAGCGUAUAGCGCCUUUGAGAAACGAGUGCUCAAACUACUGAAGAGACUGAACGUCUCCGAUGCAUUCACGAAGCGCGUCUUCAAAGCCAUUUUUAGCGAUGAGCAGCAACUGAAGAAGUUAAAGAAGAAGCUCGACAGCCUGGGCGAUGACGCCGACUCGAACUGCUGUCUGUGGGACUUCAUAUUUGGUUUAUACUGA